AGAGCGGACGGCCCAAUUAUUCGGCCUAAAUAGCUCAAAGCCAAGUUUUUCAGCCAGCUUGGGCAGUUGGGUUCCAGAACUGCGCCUAAGGUUUCUUGCACGCGCAAAUGAAGCGGCAGCCACCACAUCCUCGAGGCGGCGGCGGCGCGGCGGUCGGCGAGAGCGGAAGCGGCGGAGGGUUCCAUAAGGGGGAGGGGAAAGGGAAAGGGAGGUGGGGCGGCGGGUGCCGGCGGCGGAACGAGCAGCGGCUGGGUGUCGGCGGCGGCGGCGGGGCCCUCUCCCUCGCUGCUUUCGCCAGCGCCAAGUCCCGGACUACCGGCUACAACCCGGCCGUCAUCAAGAAGCAAAAGGAGUUCUACAAGAAUGCUAAACUAAUCAGCAAAUACAAAAGGACAAAGAAGCAACAAAGUCAGUCAAACGACCAUCCGCAGAUUCCAAUCCAUGAGGAUGGUGGCGACAAUGCCCAAUAUGUACCGAAACCGCGCUACCAAGGCAAGAAGCGCACCGCGCAUAGUUUGAAGGAAGAGUACGAGAAGAAACGCGCAGAGGAUGAGAAGGCUAAGAAAGAGCAGGAUGCAGCAGUUCAGGCGAAGAGGGAACACCGGGAGAAGUCCGAGGCAAAGCGGAGGGAACUGAGGGAGAAGAUGUUCAAGAAGACGAGAUCUGGCCAGCCUGUGAUGAGAUACCGGAUCGAGCAUCUCUUGGAGACGGCACUGAGCAAAUAACACGAUGCCACCGUCAUCUUGGCAGAUUUUGUAGUUCCGCUGUCCAAUCGAUUUGUUGGUUUUAACUGACUUUGUCACCUUUUUAGUUUGCAAAAAUGGACAAUCUAAGUGACAAAGCCAGUUAAAACCAACAAAUUGGUUGGGCUGCGGAACUACAAAAUUUGUUGGUCAAUAUACCAAGGCGAUGGUGGCCCCACCUAGAGCUAGGCCAGAAAAGCCUCAUCCACCGGCAGCCCUUAAGCCGUAGUAGUAGGGUUCUAUUCUGUUGUCGGCAGCCCUUAAGAAGAGACUGUUCACCAGUGGAGACACUUCCACUUAACCAAUAAAUUACCUGUGAAAUCAAUCAUUAUGUCGAGCAAAAUGUGCGCCGGGGUUUAAGUUCAAGAAAGUAAAUCAGAUAGGGCACAUACCUAUGAAUAUAAUGGGCUUCUCUACUGAGGACUUGAUCGAAAGUACACGUCCAUUAAUUAGGUCUUCUUGCUGCCUGCAGAACAAAUUCCAUAUAACUAACUACUUGUAAGAUAAUGAUCCAAUAGAGAUCCUUCAUUUUUAAUUGCAUCUGAAUCGUGAACCUUCAUUUUUAA